CCACUUCCUCUGGGCCGUGGACUGAUGUUGCUGGACUAGUGCCCUUUCCCCACGAGGUGGGAUGAGAGGCACCCCUCAGAGUCACAAUGCUCCCGGGUCACAGAGGUGCUGGGCCCUAGGCCAGCCUUUACCUGGAAAGUCCCCUCUGGGCACGUCUUCUAGUGGGUACUGGGGCCUGGUUCCGGUCCCUAUGGCCUGUGGAACCUCACCACGGGGGGGAAGGCUGGGCCGGACAGAGUCAUCAGCAGUGCUGCCGGCCCCAUGGAUGAGGUGGAGUGGACACCAAGGCAACCCAAGUCGGAGGACCUGAGGGUCGGGCUCAUUAGCUGGGCAGGAUCCUACCUCACUUACGAGGCAUGUAAGAGUACGGUCACUGCUGCUGCCAAGGGUUUGGGCCGGAGACAGACCUGGGAGAUCCUGGUGAGCAAUGAGCAUGACACACAGGCUGUGGUACGACUAAGGAGCUUGCAGGGCCUCCACCUUCUGUGUGAGGCAGAUGGCAGUCUGUGCUAUGGCCGCCCGAGGACCAGCCACCACGGAUGCUUCCUACUCCGUUUCCACCGAAAUGGCAAGUGGACCCUCCAGUGCAUAAUCAGCGGUCGUUAUCUGGAGUCUGAUGGCGAGGACGUGUUCUGCAACUCCCGGGUCCUCUCAGCUUACCACAUGUGGACCCCCCGGCCAGCCCUGCAUGUCCACGUGAUCCUCUACAGUCCCUUCAACCAAUGCUAUGCCAGGGCUGACCCCACCAUGUGUCGAGUCUGGGUGGACGCACCAGUUCCCUGUCGGGAGGAAUGUGGCUUCCUGUUGCAUUUUCAAGAUGGAUGCUACCACCUGGAGACCUCUACACACUUCUUCUUGUCCCACUUAGACCGGCUGGUCUCUCAACCCUCAACACAGACAGCUUUUCACAUGCAAGUGCGGCCUGGAGGGCUCGUGGCACUCAGUGAUGGAGAAGGAGGCAUGCUGUAUGCACAGGGCGCACACCUGCUCCUGGGCCUGGGCUCCAAUCCCCAUAGGGGCGAGGAGUGGUUCAUCCUACAGCGCUGUCCAACCUGGGUCAGCCUCAGGUCAAAGUCUCGGAAAUUCCUCUCCAUCUUCUACGAUGUUGAGGUGUAUGCCACCUCUGAGCACUUAACCCCAAUGUCAUUGUUCCAGUUUGAAAGUAACAAGGAGAGCCGCACCUUGCAGCUUCGUUCAACCAAUGGCUGCUACCUAGCCCAGAGGCGCCAUAGGAUAGUGAUGGCCGAUGGGUGCCCACUGGAGCCUGAAACCUUUUUCCGUAUGUACUGGAAUUGCGGCAGGAUCAUUCUGCAGUCUCCCAGUGGACGCUUCUUGGGCAUCGCACCUAACAGCCUGCUCAUGGCCAAUGCCACCAUUCCAGGCUCAAAUGAGGAAUUUGGGAUUCUGUUAGCCAACCGGCCCUUCCUCGUGUUGCGAGGUCGGUAUGGGUAUGUGGGCACCUCGUCGGAACAUGACCUCAUGCAGUGCAACAUGGAUCAGCCCGACUGCAUUCAUCUGCUGCCCUGCCGCCAGGGCAUCUAUCACUUUCAGGGGCGGGGCCUUCUGGUCAAUCACAUCCUUUGGCACCUUCCGCCCAUGGGGAAAGUUCGCCCUCAACUUCUGCAUCGAGCUUCAGGGGAGCAACUUGCUCACGGUGCUAGCACCCAAUGGCUUCUACAUGCGAUCCGACCGAAGCGGCACCCUGUUGGCAGACAGCGAGGACAUUACCAAAGAAUGUAUUUGGGAAUUUUAGGUCAGUGGGAUGCCACCUACCAAAAUCCAAUUCCUCCAGGGAAAGUGACUACACUGAAUGGAACAGGAACGCCAGAGUGUAGAUCCAUGAGAAGAAUAUCUGUUACACAACUUUUCCUACCCAGUUUUGCAAAACACCUGUUUCGAGCAAUAAUACAUCACAAAAGGCCACCCGCAAGACCCUGGUGUGCAUCUGACUCAGUACAUAGUAGGGGCCUGGGUGGGGGCGGGGGCGAUGAGACUGAGGUCCCAGGCCACUCCAAGUUCUCGCGGGAAGAGAGGCUACCAAAUGGUAAUCCGUUCUUCCACUGAUCCUCCCCCAACCCCACCAGAACCACUAGACUUCCCAGUGACCCCAUGAGCCGUCAGCCUUACCCUGAAGGAUUCAGAAUCCAGGUAUGACCAAGUGUCCUUUUGGUUUAGAAAGAAUGAGGCAUUAUUCAGUCUCUGGGCACAGGGUAAUGGUGAUAACACAAUAUGCCUCCAUAGCCCAGCCCCUCACCACCAUCCCACCACCCAAUGAAGUUUACCACUCAUCCUACCUUAUCAUUACCUUUGACCCAGUGAGUUGGGCACAACAGGUACUUUCCCCAUCACUGCCCACCUCGCACAGGGAGCUGGAAUGAUUUGUCCAAGGUACCAUGACUGGGACUUCUGACUCAAUUCUUCAAUUAGAGUGGACGCUGA